AUGGAUCCCCAGCGCCUUCCUCCUCUUCGGGUCCCCGAGUCCCCAAUUCGCAACCCGGACAGCCUCGUGGUGCCUUCGACGCAACCUCAGGCCAGAUCAAACACCGGGGAAGAUCCAGAAGCCCAGCAACCACACCUUGCCCACAGUACCUCCACCGCACCUUUAUCACCAGGCUCGGUACUAGAAAAGCCUCAGGAGGAGACCGAUCCUUUCGGUACCCCAGAGCGACAGGCUAGUGAUUAUCAUGGUACUACAGGGAUCGACGCGCCGUUGCCCAGUGCUCGUCUUGCAGGGGAAUAUCAGGGUUCGAGGAAGGCGAGGACGACUGAUACGCAUGCGUCGAUGGCUAGGCGGUCGGCGAUUGAUUGGAUAGUUCCUGUGGAGGAAAAGCCAAUCCGCCGACUCGCGGUUCGCGAGCGUCUACAACCGACGGUUGACGUAGCCAAAACUGAAAAGGCCAAGUUUCAGAAUAAGGCGAGGAUGACGGGUUACGCACUCAAUAUUGCUAUCGGCCUGCAAGUCUUGCUUGGCUCUCUGACGACUGGGUUGUCCGCCGUUGCGGUGUCAUCAGGAAAGCAGGGGAGUAUUUCUACGACUAUCCUUGGCGCACUGGCGACCCUGGUAGCUUCCUACCUCGCAAGAGCUCGUGGUUCAAACGAACCUGAACUAUCGAUAGCUCGAACGAAAGAUUUGGAGCAAUUCAUACGUCAAUGUGAGAUUCUCCAGAUGGAUCAUGGGCAUGAAAUGGGAGAUAAGUUCGACAAAGAGUUGGAGAGGUUAAGGGCGCGUUUUGAGGAGCUUUUGGGGAAUACCGGGAACUCCGAACGGAAGUUGGCCCCUGUUUAG